AUUAAUUACGUGUUAAACUUUGGUGGCUGCAUACCACUUAAAUAUCUAAUUAAGCAACAAAUUUACUUGAAUUUAAUCAUGGGGACAAUUAAGAAUUUAUCGUUGCUUGCAAUCUUCUCGGUUAUCUUUGGAAUUGCAAAUUCUGCAAAGAUUCCUUCUCUCGAAAGAGUUAUCACAUAUCAAAAUCGGGAACAAUUAGACGACGAAGGAAAAGUUUUUCUAGCAUGGGAAUUUGAUAACGAAACGGAUAUUAUCACAUUUGAGAUGGAAGUGGCAACAACGGGUUUUGUCGGGUUUGGAAUUUCUCCCGGGGGAAGUAUGACGGGGGCGGAUAUCUUCAUUGCUGGUGUGCACGAUAACGGGACGAGCUAUGCGCUGGAUUGCAUCGGAGUAGGUUUCUCCACACCGAAAAUUGACGAACAUGAAGAUUGGACCUUAAUUAGUGCAAUCGAAGCCGUUGGGAAAACAUUUCUUAAAUUCUCUCGUCUCAUUGACACCUGCGACGAGGAAGAUUAUCCCAUCGGGGUGGACACAACUCGACUCAUCUGGGCGUACGGAGACACUGAUAACAUCGUUUAUCACACAAUGGCACGACGAGGAGCUAAAGCAGUCAAUCUUAUCGGGACCCCAAUCCCUGAACUUGAAUUGGAAGGCUUGUCGAGAUUUGAGAUGACAAUCGACAUGGUCAUGCCAUCACUGGACACUGCGUAUUGGUGCAGUUAUCAUAAAGGCCCCAUCCUCACGACUAAACAUCACGUGGUUGCGUUUGACGCACUACUUGACGGAUUGGACGCCCUGGCCCAUACGCAUCACUUCAUCCUGAAAAACUGCUUCCUUCCCCCCGGUCAUAAUGAGACGCUGGACGAAGUCUUUGGCCCCUACACCGCAGAUACUGGUCACCUCGGGGGAAUGUGUAACGAUCCAUAUUCAACCUUCCCGCCACUUGAACAAUUUUGUAUUCAGGACUUGUUCGUUUGGGCGAAAGGGGGCAAGAUAAUGACGUUCCCCGAAAACGUGGGAUAUCCUCUCGGGGAGGGAGAUAACGCGGGAAAACAGCUGUACUACAUGUUAGAAAUUCAUUACGAUAACCCUGACGAAGUGGAAGAUCUAAAGUUCAAAACGGGGUUGCAAUUCUAUUACACGGACGAAUUACGAGAGCAAGAUGCCGGAUUGCUUGCCGUAGGUCAUAUGACGAACCCAAUCUUGACAAUCCCGCCAAAUGUGGAUGAUUUUGUAAUUAUUGGGCAAUGUGAUCCUGCUUGUACCGAGUGGGGAAUUAAACCAGAAGAGGGCAUCACUAUCUUCAACUCGCUUCUGCAUGCUCAUAUGUCGGGUCGGAAACUUAAACUUCGUCACUUCCGGGGCAACGUGGAACUUCCCUGGAUCGAUUACGACAACCAUUAUGAUUUCGACUACCAACAAAACAAACCAAUUCCAGGGACCCAAGUCCUUCCUGGCGAUAGGCUAAUUUACGAAUGCACCUACUCCAGCAAAUGGGACGCCGGAAAAGCUGUCGUCGGGGGGCUAUCGUCACGAGAGGAAAUGUGCAUCACGUUUUUGUGGCAUUAUCCAAGACAAGAGAUGAGCCAGUGCUUUUCGCAAACUCCAUUUGACAAGCACGUUGAAGAUUUUGGAAUCACGGAGGUUCACGAUGAACCUGCAGUGGGAGGGUCAAUAAUCUACAUUGAUGAGCCGGCCUACAUGAGGGGACCGUAUCGCGAGUCCAUUUCCUUAUUUAACAACUGGACAGACGAAUUCGUAGCGCAGUAUCAAUAUCAUCACAGAUAUUUAGGGCACGAAGGGUCAUGUUCCACGGAGAAUCUUGAAGAAUAUCAUCUCUUCUAUGACACGACAUAUCCGGAAAAUUUGAUUGAAUAUGUUCCGGUUGAUGUUUGUACUCCAGCAACUGACCCGGCGACUGAAACGACCACGGAUGCGACGACCCCAGAACCAACUACCACAGAACCAAUUACUACAGAACCAACCACCACGGCACCAACUACCACAGUUAGAACGACGACUUUGCCAACUACCACAGAAACUACAACUAUAACUGCACCACCAUCAACAACAUCUGGUACAAACGGAAUAGUACGUGUCAAUCUCGGCGUAUUGGUGGUCGCACUUACUUAUUUUUUUUAGUAGACCUAAACAAAAUUAUUUUAGUUUUUAAUAACCAAAAUCAUUUCUACUUAAACACAUUUUUUUUGAGAUACCUACUUAAAUAAACGUUUACUUUCCACACACUGAAAA